UCCAACCAUCCCGUGUCUCCCUGAGUGCAUCCACCCAAUGGCCAUCCCCAAGUGCCCUCUGAGCCCAGUACUCUGGGAACAGGACAGCCUCCUUCAAGUGAAAGUGAAAGAGGAGGACGAAGCCGGCCUCUCCCAGAGCCACGGAGCUAGCCCUAGCCCUACCGCCCAUCCUGAGGCCGCACGCCUGCGCUUCCGGCACUUCCGCUAUGAGGCGGCCUCCAGCCCCCAUCAGGCGCUCGCACAGCUUCGAGAGCUGUGUUGCCAGUGGCUGAGGCCGGAGUCGUCCUCCAAAGAACAGAUGCUGGAGUUGCUGGUGCUGGAGCAGUUCCUGGGUGCCCUGCCCCCCGAGAUCCAGACCUGGGUGGGGGCUCAGUGCCCCAAGAGCGGAAAGGAGGCUGCCGUUCUGGUGGAGGAUCUGACUCAGCUGCUGGACAAGAGAGGUGCUGGGAUUACAGGCCUGUGCCGCCACAGCCAGCUUGAGGUGGUACUAGGGAUCAAACCCAGGGCUUUCGUGCAUGUAGGAUGGGAGCCAGGAGUGGGACAUGAAGAGGCAAGUUGCAAGCAGAGCAAUUCAGAUGAGUUACAACCACCGGACAUGGCCACCGAAACACUCAUAGGAGGUGUUUCCCCCAGAUCCACCAUUGCCCACACUUGUAAACCCGAGAGCAGCUGUGAGAGCCAGCCAGAGCUCCUGGGAGCACUCUGGAUGAAGUCUGCGGCCCAAGAGAUGGAUUUCAGAAAAGACCUGGGGCCUCACAUGGAUGCCUCAGGGAACAGUUCCAACUUGUGGUCCAGCUUCCCUUCCCAAGACAGGGCCUCUUCCGUGGAGAGAUUUGGCCCGCUGUGUGAUUAUGGGACAGUGCCCCCAGAUACGUCCUCGGGAAAGAAGUACGGUGACUGUUUGAGAACAUUCACCACUACGCCAGCCCUGGAAGCCCACCAGCAGAGCCACUCUCAGAAGAUGCCCUACGCCUGUAUCGAGUGUGGGAAGGCCUUCAGCAGGAGCACCCACCUUGCCCAGCACCAGGUUGUCCACACAGGUGCAAAGCCCCAUGCGUGUAAAGAGUGUGGGAAAGCCUUCCGACGAGUCACCCACCUGACCCAGCACCAGAGGGUCCACACUGGGGAGAAGCCCUAUAAGUGUGAGGAGUGUGGGAAAACCUUCAGCCGCAGCACCCACCUCACCCAGCACCAGCGGGUCCACACCGGGGAGCGGCCUUACGAGUGUGACAUGUGCGGCAAGGCCUUCAGCCAGAGCACCCACCUGACCCAGCACCAGCGCAUCCACACCGGGGAGAAGCCCUACCGGUGUGAAGUGUGCGGGAGAGCCUUCAGUGACUGCUCGGCGCUGGUCCGCCCCCUGAGGAUCCACUCUGGAGAGAAGCCCUACCGGUGUAAGGACUGCCCCAAGGCCUUCGCCCAGAGCUCCUCCCUCACUGAGCACCAGCGGACCCACACGGGAGAGAAGCCUUACAAGUGCAGCGACUGUGGCAAAGCCUUCAGCCGCAGCUCAGCCCUCAUGGUGCACCUCAAGAUCCACAUCACUGUGCUCCCGUGACUGGAAGCACCACGGCACAGCCUCCCUCAGAGGCUCGACAUCUAAGAAACCCGGAACUCCACAGGAACCAGGAACCCCACUGGUUGGUAACUGUGGCACCCAGGGUCUCAGGGCAGACUGGGGCCAUCCGGGGAGCUCCUCUACAUUUGAGAUCCCAGGUGAAGUCCCCUCGUGAA